AUGUGUGUGGGUGGUGUUUGCACGUGUGCAGGAUUAGAAGACAGCCGUGUGCUCUUCAUCCUCCUCAUCCUCUUCAUCAUGGAGCUGCAGUUCAGCCUCGUCUUCUUUUUCACCGCCAUUGUCGCCUUGCUUUUGGCCGCCGUCCUGCACAGGAAGUCCAAUACCCCGCUUUCCUCCAGCGCAAACAAGGAGAUCCAACUUCAGCCUCAGGCUGUCCCAGAAGCACCAUCAACAUCCGUUUCAGGAGAAACUCCAGAACCGGUCAAAGAAUCCUCUCUAGGUACUCUCCUUGGAACAUCCAAAGAUUCUGAUUCAGAAUCAGUGUCUGCUCCAGAAACACUUCCGAAUUCAAUCUCAGAACCAGUUUCACUGCUCGACCCAUUUUUGGCAUCAUCAACGAGGCCUAAAGUUCCAGAACUCCUUCCAGCGAAUCAGUCAGUCAGCAAAUUACCUUCUAGUUCUGAGUCAGUCUUCUCAAAUAUUUCACUUCUAGAAGUGGCCCCUCAGCCAGAACAAGCAAGUGCUUUAGAACCCGUACCACAACCACUGGUAGCACCAAAAAUUGUUGCUCAGCUGGAGACAGUUGCACACACAAAUUGUAUCCCAGAACAAGUUUCCGAACGAGCACCAGAUCCUGCACAGAAACAGAUUUCAGAGGCACAGAGGGAUCCGUAUCCAAAACCCUUCUCUGAACCAGAGCUUGAAACAGUUUGUGUUCCAUUACCAGGUUCGGACCAAGUGUCAGUACCACAGGUCGUUAAAGAAGAAGAGCCAGUUUCAGAACUAGAACCUGAUUUCCAGUCUGAAUUCAAACCUGAAGAGGUCUUAGAGGUCGUGGCUGAGUCGGUUUCAGGAUCCGUGAAUACAAAUGAUCUGGUUUCAAGAUCCCCAGAAGAGAACCUUGAACCUGUUGCUGAGCCAGAAACCAAGUUUGGAACAGACCCAGAGAUUAAAGAAGCGGCAACCUCCCAAGAAAAAGUUUGCUUCUCUCCUGGAAAGAAACGAAACAAGUUGGAGACUCUGAUGAGCAAGGAAGAGAUGGAGGAGGAGCAGAGGUCAUUGAGUGCAACAGGAGCAGCUGGCAGCCAUCUUGCUGCUGCUGAGGGAGAACCAGGAGGUGCUGGAAGUGACAGAAGGAGACAUGGAGGAGCAGCUCAAGUUGUACUCACUCUGAACACAUGUCACUCACUCCCCACUCCCACUAGACACUUGUACUCACUCUGAACACAUGUCACUCACUCCCCACUCCCACUAGACACUUGUACUCACUCUGAACACAUGUCACUCACUCCCCACUCCCACUAGACACUUUUACUCACUCUGAACACAUGUCACUCACUCCCCACUCCCCACUCCCACUAGACACUUGUACUCACUCUGAACACAUGUCACUCACUCCCCACUCCCCACUCCCACUAGACACUUGUACUCACUCUGAACACAUGUCACUC